AUGGAAAGCGUGCCCACCAAACAAACCAUCCAGUACUCGUUCCGUGGAGCGUCGACACGACGAACAUACCAAACGUACCAGACGCAAUUCCAAGAGUUCUGCGUGUCACACAAGCACGGUCUCGACCCUGCUGCAGCCACGACAGAGGACUGCACCGACUUCUUUCACCAUCUUUACUCGCUUGGUCGCAAACCCCGUACCGUCGACUCCGCCAAAACUUCCCUGGUGGCCUACUUUAAGGACCAGCAUGUCGAGCCCAACCCGGCCCAAGCACCUUUGUCCAAGCAAUACGUUGUGGGACUUCAAAAGUACAAUCGACAAAACAACGUCGACGAUGAAAAGAAGGCUCACCCGCUUACUAUCGACGAGCUCUCAACCCUCAUCAACGGAUUUUCCAGACUCAACCCAUUCGUCGGGGCUAUGUUUCGCUGCUUGUUCUCCUGCUGCUACUUGGGCUGCUUCCGCAUUGGCGAAAUGUUGGGCCUCAAGUGGGGUGACGUCGCCUUGGGCAAGUCGGCGCAUGGUCCAUACGUCUCGGUUCGCUUGCGCUGGCACAAGAAGGCAAGUGUUGAGAAGGAAUGCCAAGUAUACGACUAG